AUGGAGCUUCGCCUUGUAGUGAAUGCGAACGCAAGUAUGCAAAACCAGGUGGCGGCAAAAGAUCGAGAACUGAAGUCCUACAGUCGACGAUCCGAUGACUUGUCGCUCAAACUGGAGAUCAUAAACAGGUGGUGCGAAUGGCUUGCUCAAUCUCCCCGUUCCCAACGCGUGCGGCCUACUGAAAGCCCCAGCUUUGCUAUUAAUGAGGACAGCACAAGGUGGAAAGCGUCGUUUGAUGAACUCUGCCGACUUGACCAGCAAAUCGAACGGUUGCGGUCCCAGCGUCGCCCUCAUCCCACUGUGGCCAGGUCAAACGCAGCACCUAAGCCUCCUCCUUCCUACUGUCCGCCAGAGGCUCAACCUACCGGUCGUCCUCCCAAGCCGGCGAAUCACGAGUUUGGCCGCCAUUCAAUUACUGGAGCCCCUAAGCGCAAUUCCACUCCUGUACCUUCACCUCGGUUCAAUCGCCCCGCCUCCGCACCGGUCGACAACUCUACCCAGCCCUCUACUUCUGCUCCUCAAACAGAGAUCUCCAACUUUACCGCUAGAUCUGGCGCCUUGUUCUGUCCUGAUCUGCCCUCCCCUAGCCCAGUCCCUCUAAAACCACGCUACGCCUCACAGAAAGUGAUCAAUGCCACCUACCUUACCCCUCCUCAACGGCGCAAUGUUCACACAGACGAAUACAAGCGCUCAGCUAGUGAGUACUUUCAAGCCCAAAUGGCAUCGCGACAACUUCAAAGCGUUGAAUUUCUGCUCCCGGAAGCCACAAAACUGUCCGCUAAUGACUUGCCCAGCGAUUUACCAGAAACAGCUGUCCCCUAUUCUGAGGAAGAAUCAACCUCAACCACCUCUACUAGUAGUAGCUCUCUGGCACCUUCGAAAACUACGCAAAACACUGUGGCUGUCAUUGAUGGUAGCGAAGAUAGCGCGAUUGCAGAUAGUGAGGGUUUGCCUGCAGCCAGCCAAGAGUCUCCAAAAAAGGAUGGUGAGGAAGGCGAGGUUGGCAUGAAACCGAUUCUUCGGAGGACUGCAGAUGAGGGAGAUGAGGCGGAGAGGGAGGGAGAAGUUGGUUCCCCAAAGGCCGGAGUUCGAUUUCACCCACUUGCCUUGCUUCUUGAUGCUGCACUGGAAGGGGAUUUGGCGCUGGUUAAGAAGGCGGCCGCGGAGGUAUCUGACGUCUCAGAGGCUAACGAUGAGGGUAUCACGGCUCUUCAUAAUGCCGUCUGUGCAGGUCGCGUCGAUGUGGUAGAGUUUCUCGUUAAGGAGGCCGGUGCAGACGUCAAUGCCGGUGACACAGACGGGUGGACGCCGCUUCACUGUGCUGCAUCCUGUGGAAAUGUGGAGCUUGCGCGUAUUCUUGUGGAAAAUGGGGCUGCGUUACAUGCUCGUACUCUUUCCGACCAUGAGACCUCACUGGAUAAAUGCGACCAAGGUGAUGGGGAUGCUGAAUGCGAACGGUACCUUUCAGCUGAAAUAGAGCUCUUAGGCCGUGCAGAUAACGGCCGGGUGUAUGCACUUUUCCCUCGUGGUCUGGAGGCCGCAGGACCCGGCUCGCCAGACGCCUACAUCGAACCCGACGAGCUGCCCAUUUGGCCCAACGAGGAGCUCCGCAUUAUCGAUCGGUGUCCAGCUGGAGAACCAGAUUGGAUGCUCGCGGAGAAGUCAGGCGAGGGUAACAAGCAGCAGGGUCUCGUUCCUCUCGCCUUCAUCUCCCGUUUCCCCGUGGUUAGAAUACCACCUGCCAGUCAACCAAUGCCUUCUCUAGCGUCUUCUGCGAAACCGAACUCGCGUCAGUAUCGACCACCAAGUCCAAUAGAGGAAGAAGAGGAGGCUUCCAGUACUGAAACAGAGAUGGCCGAUGACAGCGAAAGUCCUCAGAUGGUCGAGAAGGAGGACUUAGAUACUGAAGAGGCCGCACAUGGUGGAGGCUCAGGGGAACCAGGUGACCGUAGCAAAUCUAAUGGAACCGACCUCGAGGCGUGCCAGAUGCUAUCGCACCUAUGCAUCCACUCACUUCAUUCAAUGGAGAUCUCUGAUGCUCCCACCCCUCACCCCAUUCCGUCGCUUCGCGCCGACCCCCAUUCCCCUCUGUACACACCGUCUCCACCUCUUGUUGUGACUAUUUUUGUACACUCGCGGUUUUUUUAG